AUGGUGUUAUGUAAAGAUGGGGUCUUGUCUUUGGAUGCUAGUCCACAGACUCCCGGGCCCUCAAUAAAGCACCGCAUAAACGACUUCGGUUGUUUGUGCUUUCUUCGGAUCGGGCAACAGUUUUCUGGCGACCCAGAUGGGACUCCGAAGGUGGCUGGGGCGGUUCACGUUCUGAUCCACUCCACGCCGGCACCGAGUGAUUCUCGGGAGUCAUCGGUUCGUGCCCGACCCCUGCGCCUAGCGGACGACCACGAGAGGCGCCGGCUGUCAGACGCGGCGAAAGCUGCGCAGGUCCGGCACUUGCCCCUCGCGGCGUCGAGAAGCGGAAAGGAGUUAGACCAUCAGUUUUUGUAUAUGCCUAAUUGCCCCAAACCAUUAUUGGGCAGAGAUUUAUUGUCAUUAUUGAAUGUCAAAAUCAUAUUUGAGCAUGGAAGGGUAAAAUUAGAGGUUCCGGGAGAAGAAAUUGCUAAACUGUUUGUAAUAAAAGAAAUUGAUCCCUCUCCUAUUCCCAUUGAAGUGGAUCAGGCUGUAGUACCUUGGGUAUGGGAGACGGGGAGCCCUGGUAAAUCAAAGGCUGCUCAGCCGGUGGUAGUAGAAUUAAAGGAAGGAAAAGAGCCAGUCAAAAUAAAACAAUACCCAAUUACAUUAGAAGCUAGGAAAGGCGUUGCUCCUUUGAUAACUCAAUUUUUAACACAAGGGAUUUUGCAGGAAUGUGAAUCAGAAUUUAACACUCCUAUUUUUCCAGUUAAGAAACCAAAUGGUAAGUACCGGUUAGUGCAGGACUUAAGGGCAAUCAAUAAGAUUGUAAAAGACAUUCACCCAGUAGUUGCCAAUCCAUAUACUCUAUUAACAUCUGUGUCAGAAAAGUUUAAAUGGUUUUCUGUUGUUGAUUUGAAAGAUGCUUUCUUCUGCAUCCCUCUGGCAUUGGAAAGUAGAAAAUAUUUUGCAUUCGAAUGGGAAAGUCCUGACACUGGAAGGAAGAGACAACUCACCUGGUCUCGCCUGCCUCAAGGUUUUAAAAACAGUCCAACGAUAUUUGGAAAUCAAUUGGCAAAAGAAUUAGAAGAAUGGAAGACUACCGAGGUAAGAGAGUCACCUCUCUCUUAUGUCAUUCUCCAGUAUGUAGACGAUAUCUUUCUAGCAACAGAAGAAAAAGAAACGUGUUUGAAAUUGACUAUUGCUCUAUUGAACAUGCUGGAAUUUCUCCGCAGUGAGCAGGAAGAAGGAGAACUAGCACAUGACUGCAUAGAGGUGAUUGAACAAGUGUAUGCCAGCCGAAUUGAUUUGAAGGAUGUCCCAAUGGAGAACCCGGAUUGGGAACUGUUUACUGAUGGGUCCAGCUUUGUGGAAAGUGGUACCAGGCUGGCCUGA